AACUCAAAACAAAUCCCAACCACUUAACCAACUUUCGACUAUAAAAUGCUCUUCCCACUUUCUUUCUGUUACACCACUAAACAAAAUUAACUGCCCACUUACAUCCGGGCUCCUCCUUCUUCUCCACUGUAAUGCCAUUAAGAUUCCAGAUGUUGAAGACUGUGGUGAUAGUUUUGUUAUUGGGAGUGUUUUUGAGCACAGGAGUGGUUGAGGGGAUAAGGCCUAAGCAGGGAAGGAUAGCUCUUGAAGAAGGAGAAGGAGACAGAAAAGGAGGUUCAUAUUUAGCCAUAAACUGCAGGGGUAAGAGCGCCUCAAUUACGGAGUUCGGAGGGGUCGGAGAUGGCAAAACACUGAACACGAAGGCGUUCCAGGCCGCAGUGAAUGAGUUGAGCCAAUAUGGAUCACAGGGUGGAGCUUUGCUCUUUGUCCCUGCUGGUCAAUGGUUGACCGGCUCCUUCAAUCUCACUAGCCAUUUCACUCUUUUUCUGGACAGGGAUGCUGUUCUUCUUGCUUCUCAGGACAUAAGCACAUGGCCAUUGGUGGACCCCUUACCAUCAUAUGGUCGUGGAAGGGAUGCAAAUGGUGGAAGGUAUGGCAGUCUCAUUUUUGGCUCAAACCUCACUGAUGUUGUUAUUACAGGGAAUAAUGGGACAAUAGAUGGACAAGGGGAACUUUGGUGGCAGCAGUUUCACAAGAAAAAGCUAAAGUAUACAAGGCCCUAUCUCAUUGAAAUCAUGCACUCUAAUGAAGUUCAGAUCUCCAAUUUGACCCUGAUUAAUUCCCCUUCAUGGAAUGUCCAUCCUGUUUACAGCAGGAAUGUAAUUAUUCAAGGCCUCACUAUCCUGGCACCAGUAACAUCUCCAAAUACUGAUGGAAUUAACCCAGAUUCAUGCUCAAAUGUGAGAAUUGAGGACAACUACAUAGUAUCCGGGGACGACUGUGUGGCAGUUAAAAGUGGUUGGGAUGAAUAUGGUAUACAGUACGGUAUGCCGACGAGGCAGUUGAUCAUCAAGCGUCUAACAUGCAUCUCACCUUACAGUGCAGCGAUCGCACUGGGGAGCGAAAUGUCAGGCGGGAUUCAAGACGUGAGGGCCUCAGACAUCACAGCCUA